GCCACGACAGUGUUGCCUAACCUUAAAGAGACAAAGUGGUAGUUUUUCUUUUUCUUCGUGUCAAUUUACGCGACAAUUUGGGAAACGUUUACUAAACAUCACUUUUUAACCGGAAAGAGAUAAUCCCACUGCCAGCCAUGUCGCUUUUGAACAACGACGACAGCAUUCCCAACAUGGACGAGGAUCCACAAGUGAUGAUCCAUGAGGAUGAGCCGACGACGGCGCUGCACAUGCCCAGCGGCCGAUCUAUGGACUCACUGCGCUCCUCCUUCACCAACCGGAGCUCCACUCCGGACUCGUCCCACAACUCGCUGGACACCAUGGAAAUGGCCCAGGACGAUAGGGAGGAGAAGGCCCGGCUCAUUACCCAGGUCCUGGAACUGCAGAACACACUGGACGACCUGUCGCAACGCGUAGACUCCGUCAAGGAAGAAAAUCUCAAGCUGCGCUCUGAAAACCAAGUGCUGGGACAGUACAUCGAGAACCUGAUGUCCGCCUCCUCGGUGUUCCAAUCCACCAGCCCCAGUGCGGCCAAAAAGAAGUAGCCAGGGCCAGGAGAUACCCAAAGAAACACAAAUCCCAACUCAAAUAUGCCUUCUCGUUCACGCUAGAGCUAUUUUAUACUCGAAAUUAAGCUAUAUUGCAAUGUUGUUUCAUUUGCUAAUCCGUCGAAUUUGUCUUGUUUAGGUUAAGCUUAUCGCUCUAUGUAUUUUAUACAUACAAGUAACUUAUUUAUUUAGAUAAUAUUAAUAAAUCAAUAAUAUUACCCUU